UAUAUAGCACGCGGUAAAAAUUCUUGCAAUGUGUAUAAAUUGUUGUUUAGUUUCUCAACUGUAGCAUAAACAUUGCAAAUAAUGGGCAAAGCCAUCCCUGAUCGCUGGCUUAAUUAUCGGCCUAUUGGCGAGCGGAUUGCGGGUACACGCUUCAUAGCAUUCAAAGUGCCGCUGCGUGAGAAUAUCAAUGAGGGCAUCGAUGACGAGCAGCUGCGUCUGGCGCCACUCUCGCUGCUGGAGUCUGUGCCAAAUCUGGGCCUGAUCGUUGACUUGACCAACACCAAUCGCUACUACAAUCCCCAGACCUUUACGGAUCAAAAUGUGGCGCAUCAAAAGCUCAUGAUACCGGGCCAUCAGACGCCGCCCAGGGAGCUGGCGCAAAGAUUUUGCCAGUAUGUGACAAGCUUUCUGGAGGCAAAUCCGGAUAAUGACAAACUCAUUGGCGUGCACUGCACACACGGCGUAAAUCGUACCGGCUAUCUGAUCUGCUACUUUAUGAUCACCAAGAUGAAUAUGUCGCCCAAAUUGGCCAUACAGACUUUUGCCGAUGCGCGUGGCCACAAAAUUGAGCGUGAAAACUACACAAAGUCGUUACGACAUCUGGAUUCCACACCAGAUCGGUCCAGACAGCAUAGUGAGAGCAGCAGCCACAGAGGGGGUAGACACAGGCCACGGGAUGAGCACCAUGAGACUCGCAUUGAGAGGCACUACGAUGACAAAUCUGACAAUUGGCGUAAUCGUCAACAGGAUCAGAAUGGCUGGCAGCAGCGGCAGUCGCAGCCGCAACAGCAGCAGCAGCAAAGCCAGCAAUGGCGUAAUCCCAGAAAUGAUAGCCAGCAUAAUGGCUGGCAGCAGCAGCAGCAGCAGCAUCGGCAGCCGCAGCCGCAGCGCUGGCGUCAGGAGGCCCACAGCGAGGAGAUGGCUAGUAAGCAAGUACGAAACAACGAUUAUCAGGCGACAGACAAUGGACGCUAUCGGGAGCAAAGCAAUUGGCAGCCCAGGCAGAACAAUCGCCAUCGCCAUUCGGAGGAUCAAGGUUAUGGCAGAAGCAGCAACGGCAGCUACAACAAUUAUCGCAGGUACAACAACAACAACAACCACAACAGCAGCAGCAGGAUUUUCAAUGCUGCCAUCUUUUAG